AGAGGGUCGGUGGAUCGGGUCAGCUACAAGUAAUUGCGAAGAGAAGAUCUGUCCGAUGAAAUUAUCCGAUCCGUCAAUCUACUGGCUUCGUCGCUGCACGAAUUUCCCGUUAAUGUAGGAGCCACCGGAUAAGAGCGAGCUCUGCCUCCUGGGGUCACACAACGCAUUCCGAUCUCUAGAGAGAGAAGAGAUUCAACCAAACGUUAUUUCUCUCAUCUCUCUCUAUUUCUUUCCACCUGAAUUUUGAUACCUUCAUCAGGUGGCAACCAUGCCUUCCUCAUCUCCUCCCCGCUCCCUUCUUCUCCCCUUCGCGGCGGCUCUCCUCCUUCUCUUCUUCGUCAUUGCCGGUGUCCCCUCCGCAGCGGCCGACGAUGUCAAGCACGAUGACGAGAGGGCUCCCAAGUCGGACUCAUGCAAUAAUGACUUCCAAUUGGUUAAGGUGAAGAACUGGAUUGAUGGCAAAGAAGGGGAUAUGUAUAAUGGGAUGAGUGCAAGAUUUGGGUCUAUAUUACCGGAGCAGGCUAAAGAAAGUGUUAGAUCACCUGCUGCUGUUGCAAAUCCUGAGGACUGCUGCUCCAAUUCAUCUUCCAUGAUAUCCGGGUCAGUUGUUCUAUGUGAACGAGGUAAUUGUGACUUUGCAACUAAAGCAGCAUUUGCUCAGUCGGGAGGUGCUACUGGAGUGGUGAUGAUAAACAGUGAUGAAGAAAUUAUUGAGAUGACUUGCUCCAAUGGCACCACAUCAAACAUUUCAAUUCCGGUUGUGAUGGUAGCAAAAUCCGCAGGAGAAAAUUUGAAGAAAAUGAUGUCUUCAAAGAGAGUGGAAAUUUUGUUAUAUGCCCCAGUUCGCCCACUUGUAGACUACUCCGUGGCAUUUUUGUGGUUGAUGGCCGUUGGGACAGUUGCAUGUGCUUCACUAUGGUCAGAUUUGACUACCCCUGAGCAGACUGAUGAUUGCUAUAAUGAGGAAUCUUCAAAUGCCGCAGCAGCCAAAGAUGAGGAUGAAGUUGUUAGUUUAGAUGUGAAGGGCGCUAUCAUAUUUGUCAUAACAGCAUCUACUUUUCUCGUGCUAAUGUUCUUCUUCAUGUCAUCUUGGUUUGUCUGGGUGUUGAUAUUACUUUUCUGCAUUGGUGGCAUGCAGGGAAUGCACCACUGUAUUGUGAGUGUGGCUUGUAGAAUAUGUCCAAAAUGUGCGAGGAAGACUGUGAAUAUUCCUAAGGUUGGGGAGGUUUCUGUUUUCUCACUUGGAGUGACGUUAUUCUGUUUGGCUUUUGCAAUUUCCUGGGCUGCUACUCGGCGGGAAUCGUAUUCAUGGGUUGGGCAAGAUAUUCUUGGCAUAUGCUUGAUGAUAACUGUCUUGCAGUUGGCACAAUUACCUAAUAUCAAGGUUGCUACCGUCCUCCUCUGUUGUGGAUUCUUCUAUGACAUCUUUUGGGUGUUCAUAUCUCCGGUAUUCUUCCAUCAGAGUGUCAUGAUCACGGUUGCUCGAGGUGAUAAAGCUGGUGGGGAGGCGAUUCCUAUGCUUUUGAGAGUUCCUCGUAUUAAUGACCCUUGGAAUGGUUAUGACAUGAUUGGAUUCGGAGAUAUUCUCUUCCCUGGUUUGCUUGUUUCUUUUACUCACAGAUUUGACAAAGAUCAAAAGAAGGGAGGACCAAAAGGAUAUUUUCUUUGGCUGAUGAUUGGCUAUGGAGUUGGCCUGUGUUUGACAUACUUGGGGCUUUAUUUGAUGAGCGGUCACGGACAACCUGCCCUCCUCUACCUCGUUCCAUGCACAUUAGGCACUACAGUUGUGUUGGCAUGUAUAAGAGGUGAUCUGAAGACCCUUUGGAAUUAUGGUUCGGACACGUCUAGAGAACCUUCUGGUGUUUAAAUCGUAGUUUUCCCGGCUCUUGAUGAAGAAUUUGGACUUCUGCAAGUUGGAAAACCAAUUUUGCGGAUUUGAAAUGAAUAGUGGGGGAAGAUGUCCCAUUUAUCGGCAAUUCCUUUUUGAAUAUAAUGAUGAAUGAGAGUGCACGAAUGUUCUUGCUGCUAAGUUGUAGUCCUUGUCAAUAUAAAAGCUAAGAAGAGGAGGGUAAGUUUAUGUUCUGUAACUUAGCAUUGUGUAUGUGUAGUAGUUUUUCCAUUCUUUAUGGUCGUCUUCCAAUGAUGUCCCCUUUAAUACGCGGUUUCAGUGUUUUCUGUACGGGCCAACAAAAGAUUUAAAGUUGGUUGGGCUUUGCUUAGAAGAGCUCCGCUUUCUGCGAGCUUGGGACCUUGCUGUGUAUCAUUUUGGUAUCUGUGUAUAUACAUAAUUACUUAUGACUGCACA